AUGUCGGAUGCCGUCACUCUCAAGCGCAAGGCUCAGCAGUGUCUUGUCGAAUUGGAGAAGCGUCGAUGCACUCGGCACGGAAUCGCUUACGAAGAUGUCGGUUCGGUCUUGGAGACUGCCUUCGCUGCCGAAACGGAUAGCUACGUAGAGGACGGCGAUGUCAGCGACAACAAGCAUUCACCACAUUCUACUGCCGCAUCGUCAUGUCAACCGGACCGCUCUCCAAAGCGAGUCUCAUCCAACAAGAAUCUUGCCUCACCCAGAAGCACUCAUCGCAUGAAAACCCGCUCCGCCAAAAGGACUCUCACAUUCAACAAAGUCUUCAACACCGGCGAGCUCCUCGAGAAGAUACUGUUCGAACUUUCUCCGCACGCCAUCGUCAAGUUUCGCCUUGUCAGCAAGACCUGGAAACACAUCAUCAUGACCCUGCCAGCCAUCCGUCAAAAGAUCUUCCUCGAACCCAGACCUUUUGACGACAUUUGGAUUCUCGACACCGCCACCGAAGUUCUUCGACCAUACACCGCAGCCCAUGAUGGUGGUGGAGAUUUCCUACCGAAGAGCAAAUUGCACUGUACACCCGCCACUCUCAACCCCAUGCUCUUCCAUCGCGAGCCCGAAGCAGAAUCCAUCGCGCUCAUCGACCGCGCAUCCCACUGCGAGGUGAUUCGCUUCGUAGCUCGUCCUAACAUGCUUCGACGACCGUUCGAUGGAGUCUACCACGACAUGUUUCUCACACAACCCCCGAUCAAAAUGGUCGAGAUGAGAAUCAAAUUCCACGACCGAGAUCAGAGACGUCGGGGCAGAUCUUGUCCUUUGCAAGAGAGUGAUAGCAUCCGAGUCGAGAGAGACGAGGGCGUCAAAUUGAAAGAUUUACUCCUAGAAUUCCAGCAUGCAAUGGAAGGGGGAGAAGAUGGAAUCGUUCGAGACCUUGCGAUCAAAGUUCGCGACCGCGGUGGCAACAGGAAUGAUCUCCAGACCGAGAAGGCCUCUCUGCUAUACUUUCUCGGGGCAAUCUUCGUCGACGAGGAGGAAAAAGCUGCUAUCAAUGCGAUGAAACCGGCAGAGGAGAGGUGGUCUGGAGAGGCCACCUCGCCUGUCGUCGUCGCACUUUCUCCUCAGGCGAAGGAGUUGGCCAAGGGCAACUGUGGCAGAAUGAUCGAUUUUCGAGGAGUGGAAGAGAGACGGGGAGAGGAGGAGAGGAGGAGAUUGUGGUUGGAGAAGAGGGAUAUGACGGUUUUUGGCAUGAGGAAGGCAUGA